UCAACUUCACAGUCACUGAGGAAGUAUCAAGCGCAAACAACAUUCUUCAAUUAUUUGAAAACUGAAUCGACCAGACCAGCGCCUCAUAGUGAGCAUCUGCAAUACUCAGAACAUUAACUUAUGUGUCCGACGCUCCUGCCGUCUUUCUCGUUGGCAAAUCAUGAUUCAUCGACAUCGCCGAGUAUCGAGCACUCUAUUACAACUCCGAGCUAGCUCGGUCCCAUCAAUUGGCUUGGAAAAAAGUCCUAACGAAUUGCCUCUAACCAAAAGUUCGAACACUGUCUCGGCAUUCACAGGCCCCCGAUACAUUCCUAUAUAUACACUUCUUCUCCCAUCAUCCCUGGAUCCAGCGGCAGCAAGCUCCGCCGACAUCUAUCAUGUCAUCAUCCUAACGAGCUUGACAAACAUCUAUCAUUAUACCCCCCUCCCUUGCACCUUCGCCGAAUUCCUCUUGCCACCUGUGGCAUGCGUCGCGCAGGACAGGAACUAUUCCAUGUCGCAACAAGGGUUGACAGCCAACGUCAGCUGCCGGGCCAUUAACUCGAGUCAAACGCAAUACCUUUGGGACACGAACAACUCAUAUGUCAUCUAUGCCAACGCAGCUGCUCCGAACAACUCCAUCACUGGUCUUCGCCUGUGGAAUAUAACUGCAAAUUGCGGUGCCAAUACGCCACAACGCAGGAAUAUGUGACCAUGGUAGAUGCAAGUGGAAAUGCGAGCCUGUCGGGGAGUGGCUUCCUUCCUUCCGUUGUUUGCCCGGGGCCUGCGAAUUUCAAUCAAACUUUUACAAGCUUCAGUGAGCCAUUGAAAUAUGUGUUUGUAGCCAUUGUCCGAUUCUGUUUCUAUAGUGAUUAUUUCACAAGGAUUCUACAAGUAUAGGUUCCUUGACGCAAGCGU